AUGGAGGCCAAGAUUUGGGGCUCGAAUUUCACCAAUGCUUCUUCUCCCCUCAACUUUACUCUACCACCCAAUUUUGGCAAGCGUCCCACUGACCUGGCUCUCAGUGUCAUCUUGGUACUCAUGCUUUUUAUUGUCAUGAUAUCCUUGGGGUGUACUAUGGAGUUCAACAAGAUCAAGGCUCACUUCUGGAAGCCCAAAGGGAUCAUCAUUGCCUUGGUUUCUCAAUAUGGGGUGAUGCCACUGACAGCCUUCGCUCUGGGCAAGAUCUUCCAUUUGAACAAUAUUGAGGCCCUAGCCAUCUUGAUAUGUGGCUGCUCCCCAGGUGGGACCCUGUCCAACAUCUUUAGUCUGGCAUUAAAGGGAGACAUGAACCUCAGCAUUGUGAUGACUACUUGCUCCACUUUCUCAGCCUUGGGCUUGAUGCCUCUCCUCCUGUUUAUCUACUCCAAGGGGAUCUAUGACGGGGACCUCAAGAAUAAGGUGCCCUAUGGGCAUAUUACCAUCUCAAUGGUUUUGAUACUUAUCCCCUGCACCAUAGGAAUCAUCAUCAAUUCCAAGAGGCCACAGUAUGGACGCUACAUCAUCAGGGGAGGGAUGAUCAUAAUGCUUAUUUCAUCAGUGGCUGUUGCUGUCCUUUCUGCCAUCAAUGUUGGCCGAAGCAUCAUGUACGUCAUGACAUUUCAUCUUCUAGUUACCUCUGCUCUGAUGCCUUUCAUUGGCUUUGCCCUGGGUUAUAUCCUCUCAGGCAUUUUACGCCUCAAUGAACGAUGCAGACGUACCGUCAGCAUGGAGACCGGAUGCCAGAAUGUUCAGCUAUGCUCUACCAUCCUCAACAUGGCCUUUCCUCCAGAAGUGAUUGGACCCCUUUUCUUUUUUCCUCUUCUCUACAUGAUUUUCCAGCUUGGUGAAGGGCUUCUCCUUAUUGCCAUCUUUAAGUGCUACAAUAAAAUCAAGACUCCCAAGGAUAAAACGAAAAUUAUCUACACAGCUGUGAAUGACACUGCCAAAGAAGCAGAAGCAAGAACUUUGAGCAAUGGUACAACUUAGUCCAUCUCAUAAGCCACUAGAUUUUAUCCACAGAGUGCCAUUUCAAGUGCCAGCAGCAAGGUGUGAAAUAUAUGUAGCUAGCAGGAAGAGCAGCAUUAUCUGAAUUUCAGAGGCAAACUCUCCUGUGUUCCUCUAAGCCAUCCCACCAGUGACCACCAAGGUGAUCAUGGUUCUGAACCCUUGAAAUUAUGGAUAUCCAUGUGAGCAACUUGCAGCUAACACAAAUCUGGGACUUUUUUCCUCUGGCUACUUACAAAAAAAAAAAAAAUUUAAGACCAAUGGGAUUUGAUGAAUUUAUCUCCAGUAGGAUAGGCUCAGUCUUUAGAGUUCAUUAGGAAAAAUUGUACCUAGAUUCUCAUUUUAGUGUAGUUUCUGUGGCUUUCUCUUAAAACUUCUAUAACCUUAAUUUUGAUGAGUUACCAGUUCCUUUUAACAUUUCAAUGAAUAAAAAAUUACUUUGUUUUUUCCAAACACAUUCCAAGGAAUACCUCCCUCCAACAAAGUAACACCCAAAAACCAGAUUGUAACUAAUAGUAUGUGUCACUUUCCAUUUAGCAGCUCAUUAGCUAUUAAAAGCAAGGAUUGUGUAAAA